AUGCCAGCUGUAGAUAAAGCUGAAAAUGGACUUUUAUCGAAAGAUCCGCCGGAUAUCGAAAGUCUUCUUGCAUUGAACCCCAAAACCAAACAGUUCGCUAAUUCAAGACCGUCAGCACAAACAGUGAAAGAUAAAAAACACUGGAAACGAAAUGAUGAACAUACAUGUGCUAGUGGAUGUAUUAAAGAUUUAGAUCGAAACUUUCUGGAUGUGAAACAUACAACAUUAAGCGAACGAGGUGCUCUACGUGAAGCGGCCAGAUGUCUCAAAUGCGCUGAUGCACCAUGUCAAAAAUCAUGUCCCACAUCGAUUGAUAUCAAAUCAUUUAUAACAUCCAUUGCCAAUAAAAACUACUACGGAGCUGCGAAAGCAAUUCUCUCAGAUAAUCCACUAGGUCUUACAUGUGGAAUGGUUUGUCCAACAAGUGAUCUUUGCGUUGGCGGUUGUAAUCUAUACGCUAGUGAAGAAGGUCCCAUCAAUAUCGGCGGUUUACAACAAUUUGCUGUUGAUAUAUUCAAAUCGAUGCGUAUACCAGCAAUACGCGAUCCAUGUGAUGACGGGACGGAACUUAAUGAAAAAUAUUCAAGCAAAAUUGCAUUAAUCGGCUGUGGACCUGCGUCGAUUUCAUGCGCAACAUUCCUCGCUCGACUUGGUUAUAAAGAUUUAACCGUGUACGAAAAACAAGACUACCUCGGUGGUCUGAGUUCAGCAGAAAUUCCUCAAUAUCGUUUACCUUAUGAUGCUGUAAACUUUGAAAUCCAAUUAAUGAAAGAUUUAGGUGUGAAAAUUGUACCGAAUAAAGCAUUGACCACAGAAAAAGAUGGUUUAACAGUCGCCAGUCUUCUUGAUGAACAUGGAUACAAAGCUGUCUUUCUUGGUAUUGGCCUUCCUAAUCCAAAUAUCGAUCCGAUAUUUGAAAAGUUGUCGACAGCUGAAGGCUUUUUUACUUCGAAAAACUUUUUACCAUUAGUUUCGAGAUCAAGCAAAGCAGGUAUGUGCGCUUGCAAAUCAGCAUUACCUGCUCUCAGCGGUAACGUUGUUGUACUUGGUGCUGGAGAUACAGCAAUGGACUGUGCAACAUCAGCAAUUCGUUGUGGAGCAACAAAAGUUUUCGUAUGUUUCCGAAAAGGAUUCAAUCAAAUGCGUGCUGUGCCGGAAGAAGUUGAUGUUGCGAUUGAAGAACGAUGUGAAUUUUUACCAUUCUGCUCUCCAAAGGAAGUUUUUGUGAAAAAUGGAAAAAUUACUUCGAUACAAUUCGUGAAAACUGAACAAACAGAAUCAGGCGAUUGGAUCGAAGAUGAAGAACAGAUAAUUCGCUUAAAGUGUAAUUAUGUCAUCUCCGCAUUCGGUUCAACAUUGAAUGAACUUCCUGUUAUUCAAGCACUUGCACCCGUUUCAUUGGAUAAAUACAAUUAUCCCGUUGUCGAUUUAACUAGAAUGUCCACAAGUGUACCAGGAGUGUUCUGUGGUGGCGAUCUAGCUAAAAUAGCUAGUACAACAGUCGAAAGUGUCAACGAUGGAAAAACAGCUGCUUGGCAUAUACAUCGAUAUAUUCAAGGUGAUGAUACGAUCCCUAUUGAACCUCGGUUACCUAAAUUCUACACACCCAUCGAUAAAGUUGAUGUUAGUAUUGAAAUAUGUGGUUUGAAAUUUCCAAAUCCAUUCGGUCUUGCUAGUGCACCACCUGUUACAUCAGGUCCAAUGAUUCGACGAAGUUUUGAAGCUGGUUGGGGUUUUGUUGUUACGAAGACUUUCUCGCUUGAAAAAGAUUUGAUUACAAAUGUUAGUCCACGUAUGGCUCGUGGAACAACAUCGGGUCAUAUCUAUGGUCCUGGACAAGGUUCAUUUAUCAAUAUUGAACUUAUUUCUGAGAAAACAUGUGCUUACUGGCUUCAAUGUAUCUCGGAAUUGAAAAAAGAUUUCCCAGACCGUAUCGUUAUUGCAUCGAUUAUGUGUAGUUACAAUGAACAAGAUUGGACCGAAUUAGCUAAGAUAACAGAAGCAUCAGGUGCUGAUGCACUGGAGCUCAAUCUUUCUUGUCCACACGGAAUGGGUGAAAAGGGUAUGGGUUUAGCCUGUGGUCAAAAGGCUGAUUUAGUCUAUGACAUUUGUAAAUGGGUUCGUGCAGCUAUAAAGAUCCCAUUUUUUGCUAAAAUGACACCAAAUAUCACCGAUAUUGUUGACAUUGCUCGAGCAGCUAAAGAAGGUGGAGCUAACGGAGUGACAGCAACAAACACUGUUAGCGGUUUGAUGGGCAUUCGACACGACACUACAGCAUGGCCAAAUGUAGGCAAAUCUAAAAAGACAACGUAUGGUGGUGUUUCAGGCAAUGCCAUUCGACCAAUUGCUUUAAGAGCGGUGUCAGCAAUCGGUCGUGCUCUUCCUGGCUUUCCAAUUCUUGCCACUGGUGGUAUUGAUUCAGCUGAUGCUGGUAUGCAGUUUUUAUAUGCUGGUGCAUCGGCACUCCAAGUUUGUAGCGCUGUUCAAAAUCAGGACUUUACCUUAAUUGAUGACUAUAUAACUGGCCUACAAGCAUUGCUCUAUCUGAAAUCACUUGGCCUGGAAGGCUGGGAUGGCCAAUCACCUCCAACCCCAAAACAUCAAAAGGGUAAACCGAUACUUGUUAAAGAUCUUAUUGGCUCACAUUUGCCACUUUUUGGUAAAUAUCGCAAACAACGUGACGAAAUCACCCAAAAAUAUCUUCACGAAGUUGAUCUACUUGAUGAACAAUUUCAACCUGAACAAGUUCGUCCUGCACGCGAACCUCAGACAGCUAUUCCACGUUUAACUGAUGUCCGUGGUACAGCACUUAAUAAAAUUACAGAGUUUAAACAGUUAGAUCCACGAGAACCAGCUGUCGCUAUCAUCGAUGACGAUUUAUGUGUUAACUGUGGCAAAUGCUAUAUGACUUGCAACGAUUCAGGUUAUCAAGCAAUUACAUUCGAUCCAGUUACACAUAUGCCGCAUAUCACGGAAGAUUGUACUGGCUGUACUUUAUGUGCGUCUGUGUGUCCAAUCAUCGACUGUAUUAAAAUGGUGCCACGCACAUCAGUUUACGACAUAAAACGCGGUUUUACCAAGCAGCGAAUGAAUGAAAAUACAUCAUCCCUUGGUGUUGUUCAAUGA